AUCCUCUCAAGCAAAGUAACAUAACUGCUUCUUCAAGUUUGAGUAGUUUAAUGGGUCUAUUUUCAGGGCAUUUUGCAGCUUUGCUUCUGAGCGUAAUGCUAGUUGUGAUUGAGGCAGAAGUUCACCACUAUGAUUUUGUUUUGAAAGAGAAAAACUUUACGAGGCUAUGCAGCACAAAAAGCAUGUUGGUGGUGAAUGAGAGUAUUCCCGGGCCAGUAAUUCGUGUUCACAAGGGAGAUACUGUGUACGUAAAUGUUCAUAAUCAAGGGAAUUAUGGUCUCACCAUUCACUGGCAUGGAGUGAGGCAACCGAGGAAUCCAUGGUCAGAUGGUACUUCUCAUAUCACACAGUGUAUGAUUGAGCCUAGAACGAAUUUGACCUAUGAGGUUAUAUUUUCUGAUGAGGAAGGGACCCUUUGGUGGCAUGCUCAUAGCAACUGGACCCGACAAAGUGUUCAUGGAGCAAUUGUAGUUUACCCUCCUAGGGAAACUACAUUUCCAUUUCCUGAACCAGAUGGAGAAGAGAUCCUAGUGCUCGGAGACUGGUUUGAAGUUGAUGUUAACUAUGUCAUACAUGAGGAGUUAAAAGUUGGAGGCUUUUCAACACAUGAACCCAAUUGUUCUACCUUCAAUAGCCAACCAGGAGACUUUCACGAUUGUUCCAAGGAAACAACAUACCGUUGGCUAGUUGAUUAUGGGAAGACUUAUUUGCUACGUUUAGUGGAUGUACACAUGGAUGAAUUGACAUUCUUUGCAAUUGCUGGGCAUAAUCUUACUGUUGUUGGAACUGAUGGUGCCUAUAUCAAGCCUAUAGUUACAAGUUAUAUAAUGAUGGCUCCAGGGCAAACCAUGGACAUCUUGGUCACAACAAACCAAUCUCUUGGUGAAUAUUACAUGGCUACUAGAAAUUGCUACUCUACCACCACCGUUCAUCCGGGCUACUAUACUCAAAUAAAUGCUACUGCAAUUCUACAAUAUAGAGGCAACUAUAGUUCAUCAUCUCCUUCUUUUCCAAGCAGCACUCUGCCUUAUUACACUAACUACAAAGCCGGAAUAGAUUUUAUGUCAAAAUUUCGAAGUUUAGCAAGCGAGAAGUAUCCAGUUGAUGUGCCGAAGAACAUCAGCACUAGAAUGUUUGUGACAGUUGCCUUGAAUGAAAAUGUUGAAGACCUAUACUUAUAUAUGGCUGCAAGCUUAAACAAUGUUUCAUGGUUGGACCCUACUCUAAGUGUAUUAGAUGCCUACUACUGGAAUAUAAGUGGUUUUUACACCACAGAUUUUCCUGAUGAGCCACCAACCUAUUACAACUUCUUAGAAGAAUAUUUGGGGCUUAAUGUCACACAGUCCUUUAUGGCAACAAAGGUCAAGUUGCUUGAUUAUAAUGAAGAGGUUGAGAUAGUUUUUCAAUCCACCAAUGUACUAAAUUCAUCACAAAAUCAUCCGAUGCAUUUGCAUGGACAUAGCUUUUAUGUAGUUGGAUUAGGUGAAGGGAACUUUAAUCCAAAUGAGGACCCGAAAGGCUACAAUCUGAUUGAUCCACCAUAUCAGAAUACUGCAAUUGUUCCAAAAUUAGGAUGGUUCGCGCUUAGAUUUAGGGCAAGUAAUCCAGGAGUAUGGUUUAUGCAUUGUCAUAUUGAGCAUCACUACACAUAUGGAAUGAACACAGUUUUUUUAGUAAAAAAUGGUGGCACUGUUGAGACAAGUAUGCGAGAGCGCCCUUCGAAUAUGCCUUCAUGUAGAAGUUCAUCAAUUCAUGGAAUUCAAAAGUCCAAAAAUUCAGCUAAAACUUUAGAUAAAUUAAACAUGAUUUGAUUGUGAAUGUUUACUGUAAUUGCUGAAUUGGCUAAUGUCUUUAGCGACCUUGAAUUUGCUUGUCUUUUGGAGUAAGAUACAAUGCAUCAUUUUUUUGUUGCAUCUUUUAUGAUCUAUCUUUCCUAUAAUAUAGAAGUGCUAGACCU